AUGUCUGUGGUAGCCGACCAGGUACGGCGUCUGGAUGCACAGCUUGACCGCAUCCCUUUCGCCCAUUUGGCCAGUCCCGAGGGCGAGUUCCUCGAGCAAGCAUCCGCUGGUCUAAGCUCCCCGCGCGUCCAAAGGCUGUUACGAAUCAUCAAGACGUUGUCAACCACGUCGGCUUCGGAACCUGUGCUGCCACUAUGGAGGCUUCAGAGCUUGCUAUCUCAUUCGCAAUUAGUGAAUGGAUCCGACGAUGAGCCAGGCCCGAACCAGUAUGAGGCCGAACUCGAAUGGCUUCUCGUCAGUAAGGCGACUGUACAGACGUACGGCAUUAUCAUGGACACGCUACUAGACCAGAUUAUCCCGCUUAGUGACCACAUCUGGUAUUGGGACGACGUGCUGUCAUCGCCGUCGAAUAGCACUCUGUAUAUGGUUCAGACUUCACCCUUGCGGUUUUGGUCCUGGGGUCAGGAUAUUUAUGAGGAUAGCAAGAAUCGGUUUCAACGCGGUCGUGCAGUGUCGCGUUCUGAUGAACUCUCUGGACAGAACUUUGGCGGCUCCGUGAGCUCAGGCAUCUCACAAACCUGGCGUUGCUUCUACGCUAUCGUUCAAGAGAGUAUUCGAGAGAGGUCUCUCGCCAACAUUCAUCAACGUGUCAUGUCGCCGGUGGCCAUCUGUCGAGCUGAAGUGCGUCAAAAGCAGGCCAGACUCAGGAAGCUUCGGGAAAUGACCUCCAGCGGUCUAGGUGUGCUCAUCGACGAGGGCUUGGCAUUUGGUGGUAAUGGCAGCGAUGACGGGAAGAGUGAUAUUAUCAUGUCUAAUAACCAAGAGUGGAAAGGUGUCGUAGAACGCAGCGUUGCGCUGAUGGACAUGGUGCUCAAGGACGUCUUGACUCUAGAGGCAGGCGUUGCCGAGUUCGAAGAUAAGGUCUUUGCUGGAGUCGAAGAAGACCCUGAGCUUUCGAUUCAAGUCGAGGAGGACGAAAGUAACAGGCCGGCGGUUGUCGCAAAACGUUUGCACAACUUGCUUGAAUUCCAACUACCCGCGCACUUGGCCGCCACAAAGGACGUAGUUGCCGAGAACGGUCGACCCUCGAGGCUCGUGAGAUACUGGCUUCCCGCCACUGCGCUUCUGCUCUCCUCGACGACAAUAUUCCGGAUCUUCGUCAACCGUCGACAAGAGAUUCUUGACUGGAUCACCGAUUUCGGGCGCACCGUUCAAGACUUUUGGUUGAACUGGGUGGUUGAGCCAACAAGGAAGGUGCUUGCGACGAUUCGGCACGAUUCUAACAGUGAAAUCGCCAUCAUGAGUAAGGACAGCCUGAAAGCAGAUCGGGACAGCCUGGAGCGCAUGGUUGUUGAUUUCGCACUUGAAAACCCUACCGUAGCAACAGGCGCCUCCUCCCUGUCCGAAUCGCAAGUUGCAGACAUUCGGGCCAAGGUCAAGGAGGGAGACGUCACACCGAUUCUGCGGGCGUACGAAAAAGAUUUGCGGCAGCCGUUCAUGGGAGCUGUGCGCGGCGACCUAGUACGGACAUUGCUCAUUCAAGUACAGAAGACCAAGGUGGACCUCGAAAUAGCCUUGUCCGGCAUCGACUCACUCCUGAAGAGCCAGGAACUAGUUUUUGGUUUCAUCGGGCUGACGCCUGGGGUGUUGGUCUCGAUAGGACUUGUCCAGUACCUGCGUGGUAUCUUCGGAGGUAAGAACUACGGCCAGGAACGGAAAGCCUCCAAGUCGGUCCGGGUACUGCGCAACAUCGACCGCAUUUUCUCCGAGGCGACGCCAUCCCCCAACAACCUGCUGUCAUACAAGGACCACGGCUUGUUAGUGUGCGAGGUCCAUUUACUGCGACGGCUGGCUCACCAGUUGCUCCCAGCCGACGUCGAGAAGGACUUUCUGGAGGAUCUGGACGACCUUGCCAAUCUGAAAGGCAUUCAGUCGCAACUUAGGGCGUUAGACCGCAUCCGUUGGGCUUACUCCAAAUGGCUAAAAGGACCCGACUGA